AUGUCUACUCCUACUUCCUGGAAGGACCCCAGCCGCCCCACUCACAAGGCCAGCACCUCUAUCGAGACCUCUGCGUCAGGACUCGCCGAGAGUACCAUAAGCUUCUCUGGCUUGAACAACUUCCCCCUCCCCCCUCCCAGCGUCCCUACCACUCCCACAGAUGCGUACCGCACGUCAUCACCCGUCAGGGGUAAGCGCGCCAGAGCCAACUCUCGAGCAACUGCGGGCCCCUCUGCGUUGACAGUCCAGCCAUCACCGCUGAAGACUUACCCUGCUUCCCCCUUCACUCCUACCUACCCCGACUCUCCAGACAGGCCGCUACUUCCGCGCACGGCUUCCAGGACCACAGACAAAGACAAGCGCUUGACGAACGAUGCCUACUAUGCCGAGCUGACAGCGGCGGGAGCGGUCCCUGGCGGUACCCCCCACGACUGGGACGACGGGAUGUCAAGCACGGAGGUCAAUGCCGCUGAGGACAACCUGCUCUCGACGUCCUUCAUCACAUCCCUUCUUAGAGAGGUGACGCCCGCGUCCCCGAAGUUCAGGGAUAGCAGGAGCACGAGCAACGGGUCGCGGCAGAGCGGGCUCUCCGAAAUGACCUAUCCGCCUGGCUCUCGCAGCACCCGCACAUCGCGCGACGCCAUCCCGCCCGUGCCGACGUCGCCCCUGGUCACCGCGCGGCCGUCAAAACAGCCGCCGGCUCUCCUGAAGAUUCCCGCGUCCGAGGGCGGUCCUUCCUCGGAUAACGACUCGGACAUCCAAUCCUCUCUCGGGCACCCUCCCGUCAUCAAACAGGCAAGCUUCACGAAGCCGCCCGGGGUGUCUGAAAGGAGGGUGGUCGGGAUAGCCUCUGCGACAUUGCUGUCGAGCCCUAGUCAGCUAUCCUCGGGCCUAUCGUCGAAUGCCGUACGGGACUCGGGGGUUCUUCUCCCUCAGGACGUGACCGAGGAUGAGGCGGACGCGUUUGGGCCUCAUUCAUCGACGUCAGUCCUGAAUGAACAGGCUGCUGCUCCUCGGGCUGUCUCUCCAGGUCAUCACCCGCCACUCGCCUAUCAGCAGUCCAAGACGCAUCGCCGAGGGGCUUCGGUGGCGUCGACGAAGAGCUAUGUGACCUCUAUCAUAUCGGGCUUGACUCGACGGUCCACGAAAUCCGCUCGCAGGCUUUACGCUUAUCUCGCGAACAAGCCGUUACCACCGCUACCCGGCCAGUUCCAGUUACACGAUACGGAUAGUACGCACCGCAAGGAAGCGACCAUGGCGCUCCCACAGCUGAUCAACCGCGCGGGGACGCUGAGCGGCAUGCUGGAGAAGGGCCGUCUCGCCCACUACAGCUACGAUACCACGCGUACGAGGAAGCAGGACCUAGUCACAUCGCCUACAUCUCCGGAGAUGCGCUCUUUCGAGCCCCAUGCCGACUAUCAGUCGCAUUACUUCGAUUCGACUGCGGUCAAUCCCUGGCAAACGUCAGGGAACUGGCGUUCACAGCCCGGUGACCAUCGAGGACCUGGGAAUGAUGUGGACCAGCUCCCAAGCCCAAGCAAGGAGGUCCGCUCGCCGAUGCUCGCGCUGACAGCACCCAGAAGGCGGCGGAUGUACAUUAUCGGGGGAAUCAUCCUGCUUGUAGCAUUGGCUUUGGGACUCGGACUGGGCCUAGGCCUACGGAAGCAUGGGGAGGCGCUACCCGAUUGUGGUAAUGCGAACGUUACCGGCGUAGCGUGUAAUUUGGAUGCGACAUGCGAAUGUACCGCGACGUCUGGCUGCAAUGGGCUCGCGAAGGAAAUCGUCAAGUUGACGCCGUUGGUGAACGAUGCUUUCCAGACGGACUUCACCCCUGCUACCGUCUUCAACUCGUUCUGGGUCGCCCUCGGCAAGUCUUCUUCGGAGUCCUGCGCCAUCCAGGCCAUUGUUGUCGACGUCGCGAACGGACUUGACCCAGUAACGGCAUCCAAUCGCACAUCAUGGGCGCAGAUGGCCAUAUUGUGGAAUCUGGUACAAUCGCAGGACGCCUCUGCUGCUCAGGAGAUGAAGGACUUCGUGAACGGUGCCGAUUGGAACUCGCUCUCUGACGCGGAUGGUCCGUUAAGGGACUCGGAUUACGCCACGUUCUCGACAACGGUCUCCGGCUUUACGUUCAACUUUGCGCGGCAAGAGGUGACGGAACCCAGUGUGUCGUUUGUGAGCAACGCACAGCCGACCACGCAGCAGGCGAGCAAGGCGAACGAUGACGCGAAGGCAACGUUGGACCGCAUGUACAGCUACGCUUUGGCAUCUGCAACCCAGCAAGCAGCCGCCUUGAAGACGUACUGGACGAAUAUCUUGCAGUUGGCAGCAGACGACCUUCCGACAUUCAUCUCGCUCUUCCUCAGCGCAGAUAUCCUAUUGCCGUUUGACGCCGAAUCAGACAUCGUGUCACAGCUGAACAACACGGACUCGUCCACCCCCUUCCCUCCACCUCUUGCAUGCUAUCCUAGCCUCGAUAGCGACGCCGUCAACCGCGUCAACUCCUUCGAAAGCUCUGCUUUCGGUCUAUCCACCGUUUCGGCUGCGACCUCUGUCGAUACGUCCUGCUACCCAGCUCGACCGAUAUAUGGCGUUCUCAACAUCCUUCGUUUGCGGCUGCCCUUCGUGGACUCACGAACUGGCGCGCCGAAGCAAGCGAUGAAGGUGAAUCGCAACGUCGGCGCACGCGCGAUUAUCUACACUGGCGAGGCCAUGAGCGCCAUGCCUGGGGCAAACACAUCGGAUCUGUCGACUACGCAGUUGAACCCACGGCAGUUUGGUACCCUCAACCACUACGACCACGUCAUCCUCCAGUUCCUGCAGUCGAUACCUGACGUUGACGUGGCCACCGACUUUGUGCGGUUUCUGCUCACAGCGCCCGGCGUCCCUCCGACCAACACGUCGUCCUUGUUCUCGACAUUGGACAAAAUCCCAACCGUGGAGGUGGCUGUUUUCGGGACCGUCGACGCGUCGGACGUGGACAACGUGGAUUCAUCCUUCACCACCGCCGAUGGAGGGCUGUUCUUCGGUAGUGAUCAUGGGCAAGUCCUUCGUAACUGGGCCACGACGAUCGCCGUGAAGCCUAUCAAGUGGACGGAGUCGUCCUCCGCGGACCGAGUCGCUGAUGAUGCCGGAGACGACACAACGUUCAACGAGGUCUGGGCCGCCGCGACGACGGCCGUGGAGGAGAACGUGGAGGGAGUGGGGGUAGACGACGUCGUGGCUUCGCUGCAGUCGACGGGCAAGUUCUCUGCGGGCUAA